AUGGCUCCCGAGGCACCUGAUCCUCAAAGCCUGAAGUCAUGGCAUGAUGCAUUCCAAUACCCGAUUCCAACGGUCCGCCAUGUGGAACAGGAGCUGCGCCGGGACAUCGCAAGCAAUAAGGAGAAGCUCCGAGCUCUCGUGGGCACGCGAUAUCGUGACUUGGUUGGAACUGCUGAGACGAUUGUGGCCAUGAACCGGGAUAUUCAAGACGUGGAAUCCAUUCUGGUCGAUGUUGGACGUCGGUGCAACCCCCGACUUAUAGAAAGGAAGCAUGUCCACGUCCGGCAGAUAAAGGCUGGUGACGCAGAGAAAGACGCAGAGAAGCAUGCAUUCGGAGCGCAGCUUUCCCUCCUUCACCGCUGUACAACUACAACCAGCCGGCUUUUGCGGCGUCGCAGCUCGCUUUUGCUGGUUGCGAAGAUUCUAGUUAUUUCCCGAUCACUGCACAUGAAGUUAUCGCAAUAUGACCCACUCCCUCCGUUCCUUCAUGAUCUCUGGAAUCAGCUAGGGUCCCUCCGGAAGACACUUGUCAAACGGAUUGAUAAACGCCUUGCCUUUAUAGGCGCUACAGAAGAUACUAUCAUCGAAUCACUGGCCGCCCAUUGCCUGGUAACGAGCUCUUCUUCCGAUGAUGCAAUCCAUCAUUUUCAGAAAGUGCGCCUGGACGUCAUUGUUAGCCAGUUGGAUUUGUCUCGUGAGAACAUCCCCAGAGCUCUCCAGCUGUUUGUUCGGACACUUCAGGCAUCAAAGGCAUUGCGAUCCCGUCAAUUCCCCGAUGUGCUCUCGAAACUCAAAGCUCGACCCCUACUCGCCGACCCAGAGAUUCAGAGUCUAGAGGGGCUGGAGGUUGAAGUUCUUGGCCGCUGGGUAGCUCCAGAUGUGAAAAAUUUUAUCCCCUGGAUCAAACUCAGCGAACUAAACAGAGCCGAAGGCGUGGAAUCAAUUAAGGAAUGGUCGCUCCAGGCUUUUGAGAAAUUCUCUGAAGGCUGCCAGAAGAGCCUCACUCAUAGCACCAAUUUCUCCGAGCUCCUCUCGCUCCGUGCAGAGACUGUGGAAUUGUGGCUCUCGUCCUGGGGCUCAACCAUCAUUCACGACUCAGUGGAUGUUCUCGAAAGUCUUAGAAAUAUCUUCAACGAGCAGCUUGCCAGAAUCCUCAAUGUGCAAGCACAAAGCUUAGGUGAAGUCGGUACUCAAACUUCAUCUAUAAUAUCAGGCUGGGAGAAUACCGACCACCACUCCAUCGGGUCUCUGUGGGAUGCCGAUCUAAUUACCGCAGAAUACACGAAUGGCGCACAGGCAUUUAAACAAACAGUCGCAGACAGAUUAUUGGGUCGUGACGAAGACGUCUCUAAUGUCCUUGUGAAGUAUCAAGCAUGGCUGGCAUCAAUCCAAGAAGUCAACGAAUCCAUCAAUUCUCUACGUCGCACGCGAUGGACCGACAUUCUCGUCGGAGGCGAAGUUGAAGAUGAAGAUAUCGAUAUCACACCUCGACUCAACGAAGAUGACCCCCGACACCUAUAUGAUUCUCUCCACUCUGCCGUCCGCGACGCAUUCACUAGUCUCCAGGCAUCAUUCAGCAACGCUUUCAAGUCAUUCAAUUCCUCGCAUUCAAGUGAAAAAGCAACUUUCCUACUGAGGCUUAUACGACUCGUCCGGCGAGAUAUCCCCGCCGGCUUUGUAUCUGCAGAUUUUGUCUUCUCGAGUGAAAUCGUCCCUGGCCUACAGAAGUUGCUUGCAGCAGAAGUAGUCGCCAAGUCUGGAUCGCUGAGCUUGAUCCCGUCGACGAUGAGUAACUCCCAAACAGGAAAGAUAAAGAUCGUGCCCGGGCGAUCACUCUGGGAAGGCGAGCCUGCCAUACCGGUUCAGCCUUCGGCUUCAAGCUUCAAGCUCCUGCGCCGUCUCACUUCCUCCAUGGAUACCUGCGGAUUGGAUCUGUGGGAUCCCUCCACCGUGCAAGCGUUGAAGCAGGAAUUGAGAACAAAACUCGAGGCGGCUAUCUCAUCUGCUUUGGACGAUCUUGAUAGCGAAGAAACGUCAAGCAAGCCUGAGACCAAGGAUGACCAGUCCACUGCCGACGGAGACAAGGACAAAGAAGAUAAGACUGCAGAGAAAUCAGAGACCCAGAUCCCGGAUCUAGAUCAAGUCAAAGGCCUGCGCGACUGGAAGGUUCAGAUCUUCUUCGACUCUCUGUAUCUGUCUCAGAUGCUCGGCGAGCGAAAUCAGCUGGCUGAUGUCGUCGAGCGUGCCCAGAAGAGUGCUGAUUCCAGUGUGGAGACAGUCAAGACCAUCAAGAAGCUUGCAAUUGAAUAUUGGACUCGGACGGAGCUGCUGUUCGGUCUCUUGGCAGGACAUUGA